UCGUGUGGGGGUUAUUUCAAGGCUGAAACUUUAAACCCACAAAUCAAAUAUACUCCAUCCACAGACUUUCAAACUGACCGAUAAGUCGCGCCACAGCUAUCGGUCAAUCGGGAUUUUGCGCGUGAGGCACGUGCCAUCUCUGCUAGUUGAACGUAAACAACGUAAAAUCGGGAAAUUAGGAAAAGUCCAGCGGGGCGAGACAGAAGGCAGAUUCUGAUCUGAGAUUGUAGACGUGCUCCACCGGCGAUGGACGUGGAGGAUUCCGUGGCGAACGGAGCGGCAUCCGCCUGCAAGCGCCAAAGGCGAAACACUGAUUCCCAGAACGAUGGCGAGCCUGGAGACGCGGCGCAGAUUGGUGAGGACAACACUGUCGACACAAUUGCCCCUAACAACAAUAACGGCGAGCGCUCGCUCCAGGAUGAGAGCGAGCAGUCCGAGGAGCAUCGUGCUAAUGAAGUUGGGCCUGAGGAGCUGCCGGAUCCAGAACAGGCAGGCUCCUCCAAUCUAGUGUAUCAAUUAUCCCCGGAAGCAGCCUCCACCGUGGUGGCUUCUAAUGAGCCAGAUGCCACCGGUGGCAUCGAGCCUAGCGACAGUGAAGACUAUCCACCUACUUCACCGACGACAGGUGAAGCUUCCGAAGUCAGUUCACCCCGCUUCAAUCCACGCAACAUACCAGCCACGCGAUCCUAUCGUCGUAUCAGCAUAGAGCUAGUGGGCUCCUACUCGGACACAAGCGAUUCACAAGAACAAGAACUGGAGGAGGGGACCGAGCACGCAGAAGAGGACAGCGAUGAUGCGACUGAUCCGCAUAUAGCCGAGUCCGCUGACAACAGUUCCUCCAACGACGACUUGGUGCCCUAUUCACUUUCCAGUGAAGAUGAAACAACCACAGAGGUUGAGAACUUGCAGGACGAGGUGGAGUUCAACGAGGACAUCGACGACGAUGACCGCGAGAAAGUGAAUUCCGCAGUGAAUCAGAUGAUGUGCAAGUGCAAGCCCAAAUACACUUGGAACUACGAUCAGGAGCUGUUGCAAAGGGAGCACAACAUAAUCAACCGGAUUGACUGGCGUGGCGGCCACACUUCGGCCUCGAGCUUCGGCCAGGGCUACUACGGUUCCCGCCAAGUUGUGGAACAGAUGACGCAGCUCAGUUCGCUAAACGUCCACGAGGGCUGCGUCAACUCCCUAAACUUCAAUCGGGCCGGCGACUUGAUUUGCUCCGGCUCCGAUGAUCUCACCAUCGUCGUCUGGGAUUGGGCGAGAGAAAAGCAGCUGCACCGCUUUCGUUCCGGCCACAAUAUGAACAUAUUCCAGACAAAGUUUAUUGACAGCGCCGGCUGCUUGGACAUCGUGUCCUCCAGCCGUGAUGGCCAGGUGCGCCGGUCCGUCAUUCCGCCCUCCGGAGGCGUCACAAAGCCCAUCCGCCUGUACAUACAUAGCGAUUCCGUUCACAAGAUCAUCUUGGUGCCGCACAACCGCCACGAGCUGAUGAGCGCCGGCGAGGAUGCAGCUGUUAAGCACUUUGAUUUGCGAGCCAGCAACGCUGCCACCACGUUGAUGCGUUGCUUGUAUAACGACGAAAAUGGGCGUGGCCGGGUGCGCCUAUUCAGCAUCGCACAUCAUCCUUAUGCGCCCGAGUUCUGCGUCAGUGGAUCCGACGACAUUUUGCGCGUCUAUGACAAGCGCAACCUAGAGAAGGCACUCCACCAGAUGGCCCCUAGGAAUUUGCUCGAAGCCAAGAUCACGCAAAUUACUUGCGCUGUGUACAACCACAGCGGCAGCGAAAUCCUGGCCUCAUACAGCGAUGCUGGUAUUUACCUGUUCGACAGUCAGAACUACAACAGAGGCGACUACUUGCACUGCUAUAAGGGUCACAUCAACAGCCGCACCAUCAAGGGUGUGAACUUCUUUGGACCCAGAUCGGAGUAUAUAGUAAGCGGCAGCGACUGCGGGAAUAUAUUCUUCUGGGACAAAAACACGGAGGCGAUUAUCAACUACAUGAAGGGCGACCACGUCGGCGUAGUCAACUGUCUGGAACCGCAUCCCUGGAUGCCGGUGCUGGCCACCUCUGGACUAGAGCACGACGUCAAGAUCUGGACACCACAGGGACCUGAAAGGAAACUCCCCGACGACUUACUGAAGCAGACGCUGCAGCGCAAUUUCAGGUGCAACCUUGUGGACAGUGUUGCCCCCGACAUCAACGAUUUCCAGUACUUUAUACGCGGCUUCCUGCAGGGCUCAGGAGCAUCGCAUCUGGGUCCGAGACAUACGUCUUGGACAGGGGUGCGGGACAACAGCUCCAGUCCCAGAAACGGCUCGAAUGCUUCCAACCCGACCUUCCACCGGCGCAACAGCAACAGCUCCGACGACGCAAAUGACGAGGGAGCAGCCGCGGACGCUGCGCUGGACACGCUGCACUGCCGCACGCAGUAAGCACUCCCCGAGGAGCCGUAGACGAGCUUCGAAAGCCGUCCUCGGCGAUUAUAUAAUUUUUGAUAUUACAACUACGUUAGAAAGCGUUUCUGAAGCUGUGAAUUUGUAACCGUAACACAUAAGUGCGCAUAUUUUAUUUUUAAACAAGGUUUAAUAAAUGCUCAUUGAGAAUAA